AUGAGGUUUCAUAUUCUUGGUAACGGUGGUCUCGGUAACUUGAUUGCUCAUUACCUCCGAAAACACAAUCAUAAGGUUACUUUGAUACUUCGGACUCCCUCUGCCCUUGCCUAUUUUGAAAAACGUAAACGGACAAUAACUGUAAUUCAGGAUAAAGAAUAUAAUGUUGAGCAAACUCACGGCUAUGAUACCGAAGUUUUACGUGGAUAUAAUAUGAAUAAAUUAAUGGACCAACAUUUUCAUUAUGGCGUGUGCCCACCAAAUUUGCAGAUUCAGCGACUAAUAGUCACAACAAGAGCUUAUGAUGUAAAUCAAUCAUUUCAAAAGAUCUUCCAUCGGUUAUCUCCAACAAGCACAAUAGUUUUAUUAUCAAAUGGAAUGGGGGUUUAUGAGGAACUGAUGGAUAAUUUUUUCGUAAACAACAAAAAAUCAAGACCAAACAUUUUGAUGGGAGCGUCCACGCAUGUAUGCCGUAAAAUAAAGAAUACGAAGAUAAAGAAUACGGGUAGUCAAUUUGAUAUAUUGCAUAGUGAUAUUGGAGAAAUUAAUCUUGGGGUUAUACCUAGACGUGAUGACCAAUCAAUAGAAGGAAAUUAUUCCAGAGAAAUGCCUCCAUCAUCAGUAGAAGAUAAUUCAUCUACGUUAAUGUCGGAAAAUUCCGAAAAUGUAAAUAUUAUUGUGGAUUCGUUACAUACAACAAUAAAAACUUUAACCAAAAUUCCUGAAUUAUAUGUACGACAUAUUAAUGUGCUAAGCUUGCAAAAUAGAUUGUUAGAGAAUUUAGUAAUUAAUGCUUGUAUCAAUCCGAUUACGGCAAUUUUUAGUAUGCGUAACAGAGGGUUAUUAGACAAUCCAGGUGCUGAUAGAGUUUUAUAUGCCCUAUGUAAUGAAUCAACUCAGAUAAUGCAAAAACAUUGUGAACAUUUAGGAAUGAGGCCUACGAACUUGUUUGGUCCUGAAAGAUUGAUUAACGCA